GCUUUACCAUUUAAGGCAAUCAGAGAAAGUAGAGUUGACAACCGAAGUAAUGAGGGAUUGACACUUAAGCAGGUGUGAACUCCAGGUGAUACCUUGCCAAAGAAUGAAGCUUUUUCCUUGGGUAAACAGAUGUCAUGUACAAGCCUUGGCAGGAUAUAUAUAAAGAGAUUCUCUCUGAGGGCAUUUCAAGACAGAGAUCUGUUGGUGUUCAAGGGGAAAGGAGGGAAUUUUUCUUUUUCCUUCCCUGUCAGGUAGCGGUCUUGUUGCACUGAAAGGGAGCAUUAGCCCAAGAUGGCCAACCGCACAGCGAAGAAUGCUCACCACAUCCAUGGCACCAACCCGCAAUUCUUGGUGGAGAAAAUCAUCCGGACUCGAAUUUACGAGUCCAAGUAUUGGAAGGAAGAAUGCUUUGGGCUCACAGCUGAGCUGGUCGUGGACAGAGCCACGGAACUGAGGUUUGUGGGGGGUGUCUUUGGCCCCAACAUCCAGCCAACACCAUUCCUCUGCCUGACCUUGAAAAUGCUGCAGAUACAACCAGAGAAGGACAUAGUCGUUGAAUUCAUUAAAAAUGAAGAUUUCAAGUAUGUCCGCAUGUUGGGGGCCUUGUAUAUGAGGUUAACAGGCACGGCCAUGGACUGCUACAAUUAUCUGGAACCUCUGUACAAUGACUGUAGAAAAAUUAGGAUCCAGAAUCGAAACGGAGACUUUGAAUUCAUACACGUAGAUGAGUUUAUCGAUCAACUGCUCCACAGUGAGCGGGUCUGUGAUAUCAUCCUGCCCCGGCUCCAGAAGCGCCAUGUGCUGGAAGAAACUAACUCACUGGAGUUUCGAAUCAGUGCCUUGGAGGAGGAAAUGGAGGGUGUAAACUCCAGUGAGGAAGAAGAGAAGGAUGAAGAACAGCUAGAAAUGAAUCCAUCCCCGUAUCAUUGUCGGCAAAGUUACAGAGAUCCAGACAGUGACUCCCUUAAACGGCUCUACAGGGGAAGCGAGAGUCAGUCUCCAAAAAGGAGGAAGAUAGCCCACAGUCAGGAAAGAUGUCACAGGAGGAGCUCAAGACGCUACAGGAGUCGAUCAAGAGCGCGGAGCCGGUCCCGAGCACGGAGGCGGUCCCGGGCACGGAGCCGGUCCCGAGCAGGGAGGCGGUCGCGGGCACGGAGGCGGUCCCGGGCACGGAGGCGGUCCAGGGCACGCAGGCGGUCCCGGGUGCGGACAUAG